GGUGGCGUGGCCCCGGAGCCCGGCGCCCGCGGGCGCACCGCCUUGACCCCGGCGGCCCCGCGGCAGGCAGGCGCCCGCAGUUCCAUGGUGGGCUCGGAGCGCGAUGAGCCGCCCGUCCUCCACCGGCCCCAGCGCUAACAAACCCUGCAGCAAGCCGCCGCCGCCGCCGCAGCCCCAGCACGCCCCGUCCCCGGCUGCGCCCCCGGCCGCCGCCACCAUCUCGGCUGCGGGCCCCGGCUCGUCCGCGGUGCCCGCCGCGGCGGCGGUGAUCUCGGGCCCCGGCGGCGGCGGGGCUGGCCCGGUGUCCCCGCAGCACCACGAGCUGACUUCGCUCUUCGAGUGCCCGGUCUGCUUUGACUAUGUCCUGCCCCCCAUCCUGCAGUGCCAGGCCGGGCACCUGGUGUGUAACCAAUGCCGCCAGAAGUUGAGCUGCUGCCCGACGUGCAGGGGCGCCCUGACGCCCAGCAUCAGGAACCUGGCUAUGGAGAAGGUGGCCUCGGCGGUCCUGUUUCCCUGCAAGUAUGCCACCACGGGCUGCUCCCUGACCCUGCACCACACGGAGAAGCCGGAACACGAAGACAUCUGUGAAUACCGGCCCUACUCCUGCCCUUGUCCUGGUGCUUCCUGCAAGUGGCAGGGCUCCCUGGAAGCCGUGAUGUCCCAUCUCAUGCACGCCCACAAGAGCAUCACCACCCUCCAGGGAGAAGACAUCGUCUUCCUGGCUACAGACAUUAACCUGCCGGGGGCCGUCGACUGGGUGAUGAUGCAGUCGUGCUUCGGCCACCACUUCAUGCUGGUGCUGGAGAAGCAGGAGAAGUACGAAGGCCACCAGCAAUUCUUCGCCAUUGUCCUGCUCAUCGGCACCCGCAAGCAGGCCGAGAACUUUGCCUACAGACUGGAGCUGAACGGGAACCGGCGGAGACUGACCUGGGAGGCCACGCCCCGGUCCAUCCACGACGGCGUGGCCGCAGCCAUCAUGAACAGCGACUGCCUUGUGUUUGACACAGCCAUAGCACACCUUUUUGCGGAUAAUGGGAACCUUGGAAUCAAUGUGACUAUUUCUACAUGUUGUCCCUGAUGCCCUGAAAUCAUUCGGGCAUCGUGCUCUCUGGUUAAUAAAGGUUUUUAUAGAUGUUUUAUUCACUAUGUCUUCACACCUCGGGACCCAGUUACCCUGUGUUCUGUCUGAACAGCAGCUUCCCGUCUGGCAUCGGCCCAACAGAGUUCAUUAAACUGGGAUGAAUGGGGUUGGCCUGUUAGUCAUUCGGAGGCUGCCUUGUGAGCUAAAAUCAACUUGAUUAUUCACUUUUAUUUACUUGCUGAACAGCACUUGACAGGUUGCUCAGGGCUCCUGUAGACCAGUCUGUCGGGAAUCGGAGGCUCCUGCCCCCCUAUGUUGGUCCCUCCAAGUUGACAAAAGCACAGUGACUGUCAGCAGAUUCUUUAACUUUACUUUUAUCUUGUUUUUAGGGGCUAGGGAUUGUUUGAAUGCAUUUUAAACGGUGUUUCUCAAACUGGAUGACUAACCAGCGUGCACAGAAGCACCGGAGUACCCAUCUUCAAUAGGAGGGUUUGUGGGGCCUGUGAAUUCGACAGUCCCAUCAGGUGAUUCUUUCACAACAGAAGAGUUUGAGAAUUGCUGGGUUAAAUUGUGGAAAAGGGUCCAGAUUUUAAAGGUGCUUAAAGAUUGCCCUCUACUGACACUGUCUGUCUACUGUUUGAUCCCCUGACCGCCCCCACCCCCACAUUAAAACCAGAACUACAGCCCCGGGACACAUGCCUGAGGUUGGUCACUCUCUUGUGUUUGGGGCGGAUUGCCUAGGAAGGUGAGUCAUGUGGCCACUGACAGUGCUCACGUCAUGAGGUUUUGCUCCUCACGAGUACCGAUGACCUGUUCACACGUGGCUCCCUUGGAGGCCCUCCUUGACUGUAGAGGUUGGGAGAGACUAGAUCAGUAGAGUUGAAAACGCUUUAUAACCAGUGUCAUAUGCUUGCUAUUUAAAGGUUUGUGUUGGGUUUUUUUUUUGCCACAUUCACUUUAGUUUUUUAAUAAAUAUUUUCCAAAAAUGAA